AACCACCGCGUGAGUUCCAGUUCCAGGUUGGCAUUGCAGCUUUCAGCAAGAAUGAAUAUUUAGGGAAUCUUUCACAAGCUGUAAUAAUCGCAGCGUCCAAAAAUCGAUUCCACCAUAUCUUAGUAACUGUUCCGGAGUGAGGAAAUAGUUUAUUUCCCGUUAGUUUACGGUUUGUUCACAGGGAAACAUGGCGGCGUCCUUGAGUUUCACAGGGAGCGCGAGGCUGCUGACUGCUUUGGCCCGAUCUAGUGCGCUGUACAAUUCCUUCGAAAGCAGAAGCUUCCAUGCAACAGCAGUGUGCUGCAAGAACCGAGCGGCUCGGAUCCGAAUUGGCAAAGGAGACAAGCCACUGACGUACGAGCAAGCGCUUCAUCCUCAUCAGAUCGCUCACCGCAAAGGAUGGCUGUCUCAGCACGCCAGUAACUUGAAGGGAGAGCAGGGUGCGGCGGAGCGGACCGUAGAGGAUGUCUUCAUCCGGAGGUUCAUGUUCGGGACCUUCCACGGUUGCCUGGCCAACGAGGUGGUGAUCAAGCGUCGUGGAAACGUGCUCGUCGUGUGUGCGCUGAUGCUGCAGAAGAUGCCGCCUCAGAAGUUUUACUUUUUCAUCGGAUAUUCAGAGUCACUGCUGUCCCACUUCUAUAAAUGUCCAGUGAAGUUAGAGAUCCAGACACUGCAGGAAAAAGCCGUGUACAAGUACGUCUGACAGAACCAGCUUGUUGUUUUGCCUUUAAAUAAAAAUGUUUAAGAAAGGAGCAUUGGACAAAACUGCCCAAUGAUGUAUUAAUAUGUCUUUUGUAUUUUUAAAUUUGUAACUGGAGCAUAAAACCCUGUUUUUAUGGCAUCUACAUUAAAUCCAAAAUGUCCA